AUGGAAUUACCAAAAGACAUGUUUUCUAAAGAAAUGUUUGAUAUUUGUGUGGAUACAAUACUUUUAAGUAUAUUAGCAAUUUCAGUAAUUUCUAGUGAUGAGUUUGGUAUAAUAGAACAUAUAGUAGAAUUAAAUUUUUCUUAUUUAGAGAGUAUUCAUGGAUGUCAUGUUUUUACUAAAGAAGUUUAUCAUGAAAUGAUAUGA